AUGGCAUCAGCCCACGAGAUCCUCCCCUGCACCCCAGCAGACACGCUCGAGAUGGCCCGCCUCGAACGCGCAGCUUACGGCCCCGAACCACUCACGCUUCUCAUGUUCGGCGAGCCUGCGCCGUCCGCCAUCAACGCGCGAGCAGAUAAGUUCGCCCAGAUGAUGGACCACCCUUCCUCGCGCUGGUGGAAAGUCAUGGCAGACGAUGGCAAGAUAGCCGGCAUUGCGCUGUGGAAUUUCAGGACAGACGAGAACUGGAUCGAGCAGCUUGACGGACCCGAAAAGCCGGACGAGUACGUCGAGACGGGCGAGGAAGGGCUGCCGGAGUCAGGGUAUGCGGCUCGCAGGGCAUUCUUCAAUUGGCUUUAUGGUGUCCGGAAGAGGAGGAUGGGCGGGAAACCACAUGUUUGUACGCUUCGAAGACCCCCCUGCUCGAAAGAGGCCCAGGAGGUCCCUGGGUUGAAAUAUCGGCGAGGCAUCGGCGGGGCGCUCGUGAAGCAUGGCCUUGAAGAGGCGAGGAAGUUGGGCAUGCCGACCUGGUUGGAGGCGUCGCCGGAAGGGUUUCCGCUUUACAAGGCACAUGGAUUUGAGAUCGUGGAGCCCGUAGCCUGGACGCUGGCGGAGUAUGGAGGAAAGGAAGAGGAUGGCAAGGUCGAGUCGUGGGGGAUGAUCAAGGAAGCUGCUUGA